GCAGCUUAUGGAGCUCUGGUUUCUCUUAUGCAUAUUAUAGACACCCUUGAGAAACAUCCUCACCCUCCCAUUUCUAUCCACAAAACACAACUUCAAUCCCUCACUCAAAACAUCACCUUCUUCCAAAAUUUUCUUGAUGGUCAUAUUUCCCAUGUUGGCGAUUACCAUGACGAAGCUGAUCCGUUGGAGCGUCGCAUUGCUGAUGCAGUUUAUGCAGCUGAGGAUGUUAUUGAAUCCCAAAUCGUGCUUAAAAUUGGCCCACGAUCGAACAAAGUCAGACGAUUCAAACUACACGGACGACCCACAAAUAAAGAGGAAUUCUAUCACAAGUUAGAAAUGAAUCUGAUCAAGAAUGAAGUCACGGAGACUACUGCAACUGUUGCUCAGCUGCAACAAGCCAUGGAGACUUUAGCUGUUGCUCCACUGCAGCAAACCUCAACGUCAUCUUCCACUGUGAAGGACGUGGACACUAUGUGGUGGGCUUCGACCAAGUGUUCGAUGAAGUCCUGGAUAAGCUGGCUGGAUAUCAAAGCAAACGCGAAAUCAUCCCCAUCGUGGGUAUGGGAGGGAUUGGUAAGACCACUCUUACCAAAAAACUAUUUGUCAAUGCACUUGUUAAGGAGGAUUUUCAUAUUCGUGCUUGGACUACAAUUUCUCAAACCUAUAACGUUAGAGAAAUACUCAGAGAAGUUCUUUUGCAAGCAAGUGGAGAGUCGAGUGAUUUGAGUGAGAACGAUUUGGGAAAUAAGUUGUACAAGUAUUUAUCAGGCAGGAGGUAUCUCGUUAUAAUGGAUGAUGAUAUGUGGAGCAUAGAGGUGUGGGACAGAAUCAAAUUUUUCUUUCCCGAUUACCAAAAUAGGAGUCGAAUUAUUGUAACAACUAGGUUAUCAAACUUGGGUUCUCAGUUGAAUGAGUCUUACACAGUUGAUAUGCAAUUUCUAGAUGAGGUUAAUAGUUGGGGAUUGUUCUGUAAGAUUGUGUUUGGGAAAGAAAGAUGCCCUCUUGAUUUGGAGGAUAUUGGAAGGAAUAUUGUAGCAAAUUGUAAAGGGCUUCCUUUAACAAUUGCUACAAUAGGUGGUCUUUUGUCAAAAUUUAAGUGCACUAGAGAAUUUUGGAAGUGCAUAGGGAAAAAUUUAAAGUCAAUUGUUACUAACAGUUCUGAUGGAUUUUGCUUGAAGAUAUUGAGGAUGAGCUAUAUCUGUCUGCCAAACUAUUUGAAGCCAUGUUUUUCGUAUAUGGGUAUCUUUGAGGAAGAUCAUAAUAUACGUGUGUCAAUGCUUGAGAAGCUAUGGGUUUCAGAAGGAUUUUUGAAACCGAGGAGUGGGAAAUGUUUGGAAACCAUUGCGAAAGAGUGCUUUAAUGAGUUGGUUGAUAGAAAUCUCGUUUUAGUUGAUGAGUUGGGACUCAGUGGAAAUGUGAAGUAUUGUAAAAUUCAUGAUUUGUUGAGAGAUUUGUGUUUAAAAGAAGUUGAAAGGGAAAGGUUUCAUCAUGUCAUAAGAGAUUCUCCUCUCACCAUAAAUACCGAACGUCGGGUUGUUUUUUCUGUCAAAUCUGAAAGGUUGUUAACAACGGAAGUCUUGGGAUCUUUGUCACAUGCUCGUUCCAUAUUACUGUUUGUCCAUUGCCUCUAUCAAAUCCCUCCAGAAGUCCGACUGCCUCACAAUCUUAGAUUGUUAAGGACAUUCAAAGUUUAUGAUGAAGUUACUAGUAGUGGUUCUUAUAUCCUAGACAAUGUGUUUGAAUUGGUGAACUCACGGUAUCUUGCUGUUAGAGUUCAUGACAAGUCCAAAUUUCCAUCUUCGAUUGAUAAGCUUUGGAAUCUGCACACGUUGAUUAUUCAUUCGCGGGAGCAUCUUGAUGCACCGAGUGAAAUUUGGAAAUUGCAUCAACUUCGGUAUCUUGAGAGUCAUCAAUUGAUUCUCCCAAAUCCUCCUAGUAGCAACAGUGGCAUUGUCAUCAAAGGAGUGUUGAAUUUGUUUUUAAAUGAGGAGGUUGUUAAAAGAAUUCCCAAUGUGACGAAAUUGCAUCUAGAGUACGACGUCGAAGAAAGGAAGAAAGAAAAUAGUCUUAGCCAUCUUGAGUGUUUGAGUAAAUUGGAAAACUUCCACUGCUCCACUAGCUACGGAUGUGAUUUCUAUUUGCAGAGGAUUAGUUUCCCACACUCCCUCAAGAAGUUGUAUGUUAGUGGCUCUAUUGGUCUGGAGUUGGAAGGCCUAAUGCCAAACAUUGGUUCAUUGCCCCUUCUUGAGAAGCUUGUAUUAAAAGCUGGUAGCUUCUGUUCAGGUAAGUGGGAAACGACUGAAGAAGCUUCAUCUAUGCCAUUUAAGCCGACUUAAGGAGAUCCCAUUAGAAAUCGGAGAAAUAGCAACACUGAGAUCAAUUUCUUUGGUACAUUGCAGUGGAUCAGCGGUGGUGUCAGCUAAAA